AUGAUGGCGGUUGCUCUAACGCCGGCUCAGAAACUGUUUGGAUGGUACACCCGCAAGAAUCCCGUCGACCUGUGGCUCGAGCUACUCCGCCACGCAGAAGCCUUUGAAGACUGGGAGGAAGCGGCUCUACACCUCGAUAACCUGUUGGGUCUGGACCUGUGGCGGAACAACCCAACAUCAAAGUACUACGACUGGAGACUCAUCACCGAACGACUCAACUCACUCGCGAUCGCCAGAGAGGAAAAUGACUUUCAACAGCUGGUCAACCUCUUGCGGUCCGGCCUCGUACGAAAUCUUGGCAACUUGACCGUGCCAAAGCUCUAUAACCGCACCUUUUCUGGGACGAAAUAUCUCAUUGAAGAAUACAUAACGCAAGUUGCAGAGACAGUCGAAGAUAUCAGCACCCUGCCUACCAAUGCAUAUGCAGGGGUCCAGUCCACCGGCGGCUCGUUGACGAACCAGAUGAAGCUCGAUUUUAUCCACGACACCCGACAAGCCUUUGGAAGAAGCUCCCUGGUGCUGCAAGGUGGCGCCAUCUUUGGCAUGUGCCAUCUCGGUGUUGUCAAGGGGUUGUUUCUUCGUGGCCUAUUGCCACGUAUCAUCACCGGCACUGGAACGGGCGCCUUGAUUGCCUCGCUUGUCGCGAUCCACACCGAGGAAGAGCUGCCGGGCGUGCUCAACGGAGACGGCAUCGACUUGACCGCCUUUACCUCGCGCAGCAAUCUAUCGAAUGGACUCACCGAGUCCCCGCAAACAUUCAGAUCAAGAUGGAACACGCUGAUGCGACGCCUCCGCCGCUUUUCCCGGGAAGGCUACUUUCUCGACGUGUCCGUGCUGGAAGACUGUGUCCGGGCGAAUGUCGGAGAUUUGACGUUUGAGGAAGCCUAUAAUUACAGCAAACGAAUCCUGAAUAUCACCGUCGCAACAGAAGGACAGGGUGGCGUCCCCACGUUGCUCAACUACAUCACCGCUCCCAAUGUGGUAAGUCUUCUUACUGCCCGUCCUCUGUACUCUGCUAACAUUUCCUUCCUGCAGCUCAUCUGGACCGCUGCUGUGGCAUCUAAUUCCUCCUCUGCAGCUCUGUAUGGACGACGGAAAGCGACGAUUCUCUGCAAGGACGCGCAUGGCCACGUCGGGCCUUGGGCGCCGGCCAACACGACCGACUUUCACCACUGGUCACACAUGUCGUACUCGGAUCGCGACUCGCCUCUUCGCCGCAUAUCCGAACUAUUCAACGUCAACCACUUCAUCGUCAGCCAAGCUCGGCCGUAUCUGAUACCCUUUCUGCAGUCCGAUAUGCACGGCCCGUCCAUGGUCGAGACCCGCAGCAAAACGACGCAAAUGUCCGCUUCGUUGGUACGCAUGCUUGGCCUCGAGGUCCGGCACCGCCUGCGCCAGCUCGAUACGCUGCGCCUGCUACCCGCGAGCAUACGACGCUUUCUCGUGGACGAGCAGAUCCCGGCGGCGGCCAUGACGCUGGUCCCCGAGGUGACGGCUGGUGAUUUCGUGCGGCUUUUGGAAACACCGACGAGAGAGGCGCUCAACUACUGGAUACGGCGCGGCGAGCGAAGCGUCUGGCCUGCUGUGGCGGCGCUGCGCAUACGCUGUGCGGUGGAGAAUGAACUGGACAGGUCGUACCAGGUUGUGCGGCAGCUCAAGGCGGGCGACUUGCGGAGGAAAGGAAGCAUAUCGGCCGCUGGCGAAGCUGGCCGGCCAAAUACGUGA